UGAAGACUGCAAGGCCAGGGUGCACACAUUUACCAACCCUUUGUGUCAUUUGAUGACAUUUAUUUAAAGACAUCAGGAAUGACUGAUUACAUCAAGGUGUUUUCCUUGGGCAUUGUCCAGCUCCAAACCCCCGAUUGUUAUGAUGAUUAUCACGUGAUUAAGUAUUCUGUUGCGGUAGGACGUCCCAUUGCCUUGUUGGAACAAACAAGUCACAUAAGGGGACAAGGGAGCGCAAUAACUGGGAGCUUUUAAAGUUAUAUUAGUUCAUCGUGGACAGUGAAGAGUAUCAGUCUGUACUUCGGUGAGGCGCCUCAUUUUAUUUUUGAGCAACAACAUCAGGAAUCGCAACAUUAUUUCACAUUUGAGUGCAUCAUUGGACACUGCUGGGACAUUAAGAUGGCGUCAUCAUCAUUAUUAUCUGACGGGAACAUGCUGGUCUGUCGGAGUGUAGAGGAGCUGAAGCGCAGGGCCCAGGGCCCGGUGAGGAGGAACCUGUUUGGGCCUGUGGACCACGAGCAGCUGCAACAGGAUUUCCAGAGGCACCUGGGUAUGAGCGUGGAGUCGGCCAACAAGCGCUGGGACUUUGACUUCAACACCGGCAAGCCGGCCGCCAAGGGCGCCAGCGUGGAGUGGGAGGAGAUGAAAUGCCAGGAUGUGCCGGCGUUCUACCGCAACUGUGUGUUGAGGAAGCCGGUGAUUGGCAUCGACGGGCAGAGGGCGGGGAGAGAGAAUGUCAGGUUGGCCCGGGCAUCGUCUCCAGGGUUGUCCAGUUGUGGUGAGGAGUACCUGGAGGUGACCACCAGGGAGAGCUAUACGAUCCAGAAGCCAGAGAAGAAGAUGGCCAGCCAGAGGGCAGGAGCAGUCAAACGGAGACAAGCCGCCAUAACAGAAUUCUUUGUCGUGAAGAAGAGGACGACCAUGCAUGACAAACUGUCCUCUCUGCAGUAAACACAGCCCAGGAAAGAGUGCAAUUCAGUGGGCAUGCUCCGUUUGGAACUCACCUCAUUAAGAUGGAUAUAUAAUUUCUGCAGCGUUCUGUAGCGACUCUGACAGUCGAAGAGCUCAUAGCUACAAUAUGUCUUAUAGGAAGUGGAAAAGGAAGUGGAAAUGAUGGAUGUUUGUAUAUAUAUUUAUAUAGCUGUAUUUCAUCUAUAUUUUCUAAGCUUGUAUUAUUGUCUAAGCUUUAGAUUAUACUGUGAAAUAAUUCAAAUGCACUCAUCAGGAAAAAAACCCCAAUGGCUAUGUUGUAAGAGAUUUCUUCCAACAGUGCCCUUGGUGUAGUAUUUAACUCCCAACCACUUCGGCCCACACUCUAACUACCUCUCUAAGAGUAGUUCAACUAUUCCUGACCUCACUCCACGUGUCGUCUUCAGUUUCACCACGGCUGUAAAAGUAUCAGCCACGCGAGUAAGAGGCCCCGGGGUCACCUCAGGUCAAAUUGGCAACGUGACCAUGAUUAGCCUAGGGUGCAAAGGUCAACUGUGAAGUUCCAGCACUUAGGCUAUCAGGCCUAAUAUGAUAAUGAUACAUCUUAUUGAGCAGUAGUACUUCUCAGUAAAUGUCUAUUAUUACAGUAAUUGUUUUAUUCUUAAGCCUUUUGGUGUGAGUAUUAUUACAGAGUGAUAUUUGGUGUCAGUAGGAAACGAGCUUAAAUUAGCUUAAGUUCAUUCUCAAAUAUUGUUAUUAUGGCUAGCAUACACUUCACUGUUGGCACCACCGUCUCUGUAGAAUUUGGCAAAAAUCUCAGUGCACAACUGAAUAAAAUAAAUUGUUUUUAUUUUAUUUAGCUCCCUUUGUCUUUUUAAGGUAGUAAAACAUAUUCUUGGAAACUUUUUGGUAACAAAACUGAAUAUACCUUGUAUGUUUCCUUUGUUGGCUAAAUCCUUUUAACAACGUUGCCUUUUCUACUCUUGUCUUUGUAUAAUGGCAGCCUCUAGGUUUUGAACUCUUUCCUAUAUGAAGGAAUGUAGCUUUGACAUUGUUUGGAAUUGAAGUAAAAUGGUGUUGCAGUUCACAAAAGUACAUGAAUCCUUAAUGCCUACGGAACAUUCCAGGUUCUGUCAGUAAAUGAUUAUUUUUUACGAGGAGCUGAGCUGCAACACAUUUCCAUUCCUGUGCUAAAAUACAAGACAGUUGUGACAACUGAGGCAGUUGACCAAAA